GGGGAGGGGAGGGGCCGGUGAGCGGGCUUUGGGAGAGGCGCGCUGCGGCGGCGACGGCGGCGGAAGAUGGCUGCGGCCGAGGUGGCGGACACCCAGCUGAUGCUCGGAGUCGGGCUCAUCGUGACCAUCUUUCCACCGUAGAAAAGGACACAAAUGGAGAAGUUCUGUGGGUGUGGUGUUAUCCUUCCACGACAGCUGCUCUAAAGAACCUGCUGCUGAGAAAAUGCUGCCUUACGGAUGAAAACAAACUCCUCCAUCCCUUCGUCUUCGGUCAGUACAGGAGAACAUGGUUUUAUAUCACAACAGUCGAAGUUCCGGAUUCUUCAGUGUUGAAAAAGGUGACUCAUUUUUCUAUUGUUCUGACCGCCAAAGAUUUUAACCCAGAGAAAUAUGCCGCCUUCACUAGGAUAUUGUGUAGGAUAUACCUGAAACACGGGAGCCCGGUUAAAAUGAUGGAGAGCUAUAUCGCAGUUCUCACAAAGGGCGUGUGCCAGAGUGAAGAAAAUGGCUCUUUCCUCAGCAAGGACUUCGGUGCCCGAAAGGCAUACCUCGCAGGCUCUGUCAAAGACAUCGUAUCUCAGUUUGGGAUGGAAACUGUUAUCUUACACACAGCACUGAUGCUCAAGAAAAGGAUUGUCGUCUAUCACCCCAAAAUAGAAGCUGUCCAGGAGUUCACCAGGACCCUGCCUGCCCUGGUGUGGCACCGACAGGACUGGACCAUAGUGCACUCGUACGUGCACCUCGAUGCCGAUGAGCUGGAGGCCCUGCAGAUGUGCACAGGUUACGUCGCCGGAUUUGUGGACCUGGACGUGAGCCACAGACCGGACCUCUAUGACGUGUUUGUGAACCUGGCAGACAGCGAGAUUACCAUCGCUCCGCUUGCGAAAGAGUCCAUGACAAUGGGCAAACUGCACAAAGAAAUUGGCCAGCUAAUUGUCCAGUCUGCGGAAGAUCCAGAGAAAUCCGACAGCCAAGUUAUACAGGACAUUUCCCUGAAAACAAAAGAAAUCUUCGCCAACCUGGCACCGUUUUCAGAAGUUUCAGGUGACGGAGAAAAGCGAGUUCUCAAUUUGGAGGCACUGAAGCAAAGGCGCUUUCCACCAGCCACAGAAAACUUUCUCUACCAUCUGGCUGCAGCCGAGCAGAUGCUGAAAAUCUGACCCCUGUCUGGGUGUAUCGCUGAGGACUGAUGCAGAGCUCUGUGACCGUGAUUGUCCAUUAACUGUGUAAAAUACUGAGAAUAACAAAGAAAAUGGUAUAUUUUAAUGAUUUAUUUGAAAGUAUUGAGAUUUGACCUGAAAAGCACUGAAACACACAUGAAAACACUUCUGAUUUUCUUUCUGAUUCGCCUCACGCCCACCGGCAGUGCUGGGCGGAGCGUCGUGACCGCCGCAGCCACAGACAGGCAGGUUGUGGGCGGCCUGCGGGCCUGGGGCCCGAGAGAGAAGCUCUGUCAAGUUCUCGUGCAAAUCACAGCAAGUCCAAACGCCCUCCUUAUCCUAAGUUCCAGUUUGUCUCAUUGUGCUCCACAAACUGUUCAUUUUCAGAAAGCUGCCUGAAAUUUUGCUUUGUAUUCUUCUAGGAAGAACUUUAAUUCCUCAUGAGGAACUCUACUUUCUGAGCCAAACUACUAAGUUUUCUGCAGAACCGUCUAGAAGAUCAUUCAAAAGACCCUGCAGUUGCACUUUCUUAUAUAAAUUUUUUUUUCUUGGCCUUUGAACAUUUUGCCUAUAUUAUGAGGGUUUUGCAUAGAUUUUAUACUUGAGUAGACAACUUUAAUAAUCCAUAUUUAUACUGUCUCAGAGGUCAGCGUUUGGCAAACUUAAGCCAUCAGUACUCUUCAGUUAACCUUGUUGCUAGCAAUAUGAUUUUGGAAAAGAUACCAGUCCUUAUAUGGCAGAGUAAAAUAAGCAGCCCAUUUUGAACAUAAAGGUGUAACUGAACUAGCAACUUUACAUCGGUGGGGAAGGAGAGUGAGAAUUAACUUCUUGCAAGGGCCAAAACCAGAGAGCGUCUUCAGAGAACUCCAGUGAAGGUAGCCCGGCCACACACGGAGGGAACUGUCCCUGUUCAGUCGCGUACUGAACACCGCCCUCACGGUGGGAGACGUGAGCACGGCACAGUGAGCGUGCGGGGCGUGGUUAUGUGCUUGUUAUUUUAGUAUGUGCAUUCGUAUUAACUAUGACAGGUUACUUACAGUCACUACUGUCGUCCUUCUAACUUUUAUCCAGAAAAUGUUUGCAGAAAGUCUUGUCUGUCAGUUAUUCUUGGUGUUAGACUUUUGUUAAGUAAAAAUUGAAAGUAGCCCCUUCCCUCCCUCCUGGGGUAGGGGUGAACCUGAAAUGAGAUUUUGUUUACUAAGGCAAACAAUUUAAAAUUAAAUCCGCACUUUAUGGAAAUGAA